AUGCUGAGGCAUUUCAUGCGGAUUAAAAUCGACCACGAUCUGCCUACAGCAAUGACUGAGCGAUGGCGCCCCGAAACCCAUACGUUCCACCUUCCGGAGGGGGAAAUGACGAUCACCCUUAAAGAUGUUGCGAUCCUCACCGGGUUGCCGAUAACUUGA